AAGAUGUAGUCAAGGUAAUGAUCUCAGCUACUCAGAAGAAGAGACUGCGGGAGAAACAUGGCGAUAUUUUGGUUUUAUAUUUGUAUAUUAAGGAAUAAGACAGUUUUCCUCCCUGGUGUCGAUGUGGAGGAAACAGCGCCCCCUUUGCUCGCGCUGUGGCCAGAGGCGGUACUGCAGGCGGAAGUGCUGCACCUGUUGAAGGGUCGACGUCACCGCCUGCUAACACCUGAAGCCAGGAGCAGCUGCUGGAGGCUCGGCCAGCCUUUCGUCCAAAGCCAGGCGGGAAGAAAGCGACUUUAUGGAUAAAUUAAAGAAGGUGCUGAGCGGUAAAGAUGACGGAAGCGCGGACGGGCCCGGCGUGCUGGAGAGAGCCAAUCAGGCGUCGACCCUGACCUGGGGGACGAGGAUGAAGGGCUUCGUGGUCUGCUUCGUUCUGGGCGUUUUCUGCUCCGUCCUGGGGAGCUGUACGCUGUGGAUCCCAGGUGUUGGUCUUGCUGUGUUUGCUAUCCUCUACAGUGUGGGAAACAUCUUCGCUCUGGCCAGCACCAUGUUCCUGAUUGGUCCGUGUAGGCAGCUUAUGACCAUGUGCGCUAAAGAGAGAGCGUUAGCCACCGUCGUCAUGAUGGUGUGUCUGGUGUUGACGCUGUGUGCUGCUUUCUGGUGGAACAAUAACUUCCUCGCUCUGGUGUUCUGUCUCCUCCAGUUUGUGGCAUUCAGCUGGUACGGCCUUUCAUACAUCCCCUUUGCCAGGGACGCCAUCGUCAAAUUUUUUUCACUCUGUUUCUAGACGUCUCGUCACUCUGAGUGACCACCUGUCUGACCAAUCAGGACGCAGGAUACUGUGAGGUGUGUAUCCAGUCAGCAGAGAGCAGCCGCUUCUGGGAAAUUCUUGAAAUGAUCUGAGGCCUUAAAUAUUUCAACCGCAAAACCUGUGAAAGUUAAGAAUCAGGUGUCUUAAAAACCACCAACAGAACUGGUUUCCAUGGGGACCAGUUAACUCUACAUGUACUGUUUGUGUUGUUGUAGCCACUUUUAGCUGUUAGCAUGAUGUCCUGUUUCCUUCCUGCCAGUACUAACCUAAUAUUUAUAUUUAAUAUAAUAAUAAUAUUUAUAUUUCUGAUAUUUUAAUACAGCUGCACAUUUCAUGUUCAGGAAGCUGUGACAAAUGGAGCAUUUCUUUAAUGAUUUUUAUUGUUUUUUUUAACCCGAAUAAUAACUUUUAACCUUUUAAUUCAACAACAAAUGAAUAAUGACCUUUUUUUAUCGGGCAGAUUGAAAAGCAAAGUCACUGCGUUGUCUGCAGUUAGGCUCUGAACAUUAGCUGGAGGUGAAAUGGUUGUUGCUCUGCUGCAGGUCACUGAAUCUGGUGUAACACCGGCAGUAUGCCGAGCGCUCGAACUUCUCAAGUUAUCAAGUCACAAAAAGCAUCGGAGCAAUGAGUGAGAAAAAACACAAACACCAAAACAACGUAAAAGCAAGGGAAGGAACAUCCUUAAGUAGUCUGAGUGGAUAUCUUCCAAAUAACUAGUACUACUACUACACUACCGGGAAUACGUCUUAGUACUUAUAUGUAGGUUCGUUGUCAGGAGGAAACAUGGCUACCAGGAGGAAGAUCCCCACAUGAUUUGUGUAACUCAGCUGCAAUAAUAUUGUACGACUGUGAUACUGCAGAUCAGACAAACUACCUGUGGAAACCAGAAUAACAGCACCAACGGCGGCUCUAUAGUUGUUUUUAUUCAUUCUUUUUGACACCGUAAUAGUGUUGGAGCUGUAGUCGUCACGCGUCAGCUGUUUUUCUUUUAAACUAUCCUAAAAAUGGCGCCAGAGGGCGCGAGUUUGCCCCGUUCAGUAAAUACGACGCCACUGUCCUCGCGAGUGAGGGCGUUAGCUGAACGGACCUGAUAUCUCUGGUUCCGCUACGUCGAGUCCAACAAUGUUACAGGAAAUGUGCUUAAAUUAGAGGACAAUAGCCUACAGCAUUAUUUUAAUGAUUUCUAUUUGUUUUUUAACCAAAUGAAGUAACAGUGAUUGAAAUAACCUUCACUUAUAGAGAACCUUUCAAAGCAAAGUUACAGACAGCGACAACAAGAAGAAGAAAGAAAUACACUGAUGUACGUUUAUCUGCAGUUCAAAGUGUUUUACAUGAGGCAUAAAAGGCAUUAAGAAGAGAAACACAAGGUGAUGUAAAAAGGAUUUAAAAGAUUAAAAUAAAAUGGAAGAUAAAAAAGAAUAAAACAGGAGAAUAACACUUUCAGUGCAGUGCAAGAUAUGAAUCAAUAGUCCCUAAUUUAAUUCAGUAAAAUGCAAACAUUGAUCUCAAGGAGUUUGUUCGAGAUAUGUGGAGAAUUAAAAACUCUCUCCGCUGCCCCGUUACUUUUCGGAAACUGCAGCCACAUACAUAGUUUUGAAAAUACCUACGCAACCCAAACGUCUCAAACUGGGAGAUUGUAGUUAAACCGGUAACAUGCUCGCAAUCUGCAGUUUACGUGGACGAAAUGACAAACAGCAAAGCACACACGUCCUCAGAAAUAUGUGGAAACACGUCCAAAGCAGGCCGAGCUGAUGUGAUCUCCAGUUCACCUCCUGGUUUUACGCUCCGAGUGAUUUCAGUACUAAACCAAACUCUAACGAACCUCCGAGUUAAAACAUUUCUGUGUUCUCCGUUUCAUGUAUCUGUUUGUGUGUCUGCUCUGUGAAAUGAACUGUAUUCAUCGUGUGUUCUUCCUGAUUUAAUUUGUCGGAUGUGAAUAAAUAUUUAUGUCUGUGUUUAAGAA